AUGAGUCACGAUACUGAUCAACAAUAUGGUCCAAGAAGCAACGAGACGGCUGGCUCUCGCGAGGUGUCUUUUGAACAAUGCGAUCUUCUAUCUCUCCUUCUCAAUUACCUGUUUCCGCGCGAAAGUGCACAUGUCGAGGAAUCCAUCAUGUUACGCAGUCUGGAACAGGUAUGGACCAGCCACGAACAUGACUUUAGGCUCAUCAUGGAACAACGGUUCAACGAUCACCAAAGAGCUCUUCACAUAUGGAUUGGCCAGCGGCGCAAGACGAGUCAGCUUCAGAUGAUGAUUGAUCGCCAGCCUAGCGCACAGACACUGGAGAUGGUAGACCGAGUGCUUGUCAUGAACGACCUCCGCAUUCUGCAACUGAAGUGGAAAGCACUUAGAGUGCAUGUUCACAGUCAAGACUCAACCCCAGGGGACUUAUUGUGUAGCACUUUUGCGAUCAUGACGAGAACACAGGGAACGGAAGCGCUGUUCAAGGAAGGUCUGGAGAGGCUCAAAGAGACUUCACCUGAGAGCGCGCCACCUGCAGGAGCUACCUCGCCGCCAAGCUCCAAGCUUCAACCCCAUCUCACCCACCCCACCUUACCCAUCGCAACCUCAGCAAUCUCAGCAACCUCUGCCUCUGCCCUCGCGAUCGCCGCCACUGCCCUCAUAAUCCUCACAACCCUCACAACCCUCGCGACCCUCGCGACCUUCACAAUCCUCACAAUCCUCACAAUCCACGCACUGGACCGUUGGCUGGAUUCGUCUAAAUCAUGCCAAGAUGUUGAUCGCUGA